AUGACUCCCGCCGUAGCCGCGGAUGUUGUGCGUGAUAAUGCGAUUGCACUCAUGCGCCAGCAGUCGGCGUAUGGGGGUUGGGAUGAGAAGGUCACACCGUCGCUCGUUCGCAAAACUUUUCGCGCCGCUCAGCCACAAUUAUUCCUCGACUUUAUCAGCGCGGCGUUUCCAACGCUAUACUACCACAAUAGGUUCCGUUCUGGCGAUGGGGCCGGCUUUGCGGAAUUUAUUAUCAUGAAUUAUGGCCAGGAUUCCUUUAUGGAUUCCGCCAUCUGCUGCUUGACUUCUGUCUACCUGGCGCAGUUGACUAAAGAUCCGGCCCUGGUCAGAUCGAGUCGGCAGAUGUAUUCGAAGUCGUUAGGCGAGGUCAUCAGGGCUAUUUCGAACCCUGAGCAGGCCAAGUCAGAUAACAUGUUGUGCACGUCGAUUAUUCUCAGCGUUUUCGAAAUGUAUGCGAAAACCACACCGGACGCCUGGGUGGUGCAUUCAGAUGGCGCGAAGAGGUUGAUGAUCAACCGAGGACCUGAAGCACACGAGUCUGGCCUCGGCAGGUUUUGCUGGUAUGCGUUUCGCGGAUUUUUCAUCGCUACCGCGGUCCACGAGGGCAAAGCCUGCUUUUUAGAUCAAGAAGAAUGGCAAUCGUACGCGGCCAAAGUCAGAGCGGAAGACUGUCAAAAGCCCGGCGAAUGGUCCGCGUAUGCCGAGAUCUCCGAUCUGGCAUACAUGGAAAUCGCAAAGUGUCCACGAUACAUCAAAGAGACCCGUGACUUGCUCGCCAGUCCAACAGACCCAGAUCCAAAUGCCAUAUCAGAUAUCCUCCGUCGUAUUCGAGAUACGUCUACUCUGCUGCACACACUCAUUGCCGAGCUGCGGUCAUGUAUCACCGCGCAUAACGAGCGACAACAAGGCAUCGUCCAACGACCUGGAUCCUUCGUCGGUCCCGUCCCAGCAGCCUUCCCAGAUACAGGCCCCUCGCUCCUUCUCAGCGGUGCUGCAAACAUGCAAGAAACACUGCAACAGCUAUCCGACCGACUGAAUGAUCGACUGCGUUUCACUUUGAUUGAGGAACAAUCACCAGGCUCGGUCGACUCGCCAAGUGAUAGCAGUACAUACUCAACAUCAUCAUCUCAAACGAGCUCAAGGAGUCUCCCGCUUCCGUUCCGAAUCCAUUCAGAGCUUGAGCAUGGUCCGGAAAAGGGCUCUGAUACACAUGACCCGCGUGCGGGCAUUUGGCUGGAUCGCGUUGCAUCUUCCAUGGGCGUGCUGAAUGCGAGGGUGCUUCCGAGUGAACCAGCUGAGAAUAGCUCCAGCUAG